AUCUUGACAUAGCGGGCCAGGCCAGCGAGAGCCACUCUGCGCGCCGCAGCUACGCCGAACGGUCAACCACCACGAGACUACGGCCGCAUCGUGCGCUCUUUUACGCCUUCCUCCAAGUCCUUCCACUUCUUGCACACCAAGUACAAUCCGUACCCGUACGAACUGCAAUGGCUCCCAUCAUACCACAAUAACAACAGAAGUUGUCAAGUAAAAGAACCGCCGAAGAAGAAGAGGUCUCCUUCGGUUGUUCGACUACUUCUUCUUCGUAUUCUUCGUUUUUCGGCAAAACGGUUCUUUCAUUUCGUUUUUUUCUCAUUCUUUUUCGUGUUUUAGUUUUUAUUUUUUUUUAAGUUUUUAAUUCCUUUCGGUUGAGUCGGUUCGGUUUGAAACUUCGGUUGGCUUUUCGCGACGUAUACGACGAGAUGGGACCACGAAGAGGCCCUAAAGGACUGCAGACUUUGUGCUUUUGUGCCACUGUGGUGCUGCUGUUGGUCUUCUCGUUGGCUACAACCAUCAACGCUGCUGCUGACUCACAGGGAGAUGCAGAUUUAGUAUUCGACAAUUUAGACAUCAAACCACAUAGUAAUCACAAAACAUUAGCUUCAGACAUCCCAAAUGAAUCAGGUUGGAUAUCCAGUGGUUUCCAUAGAAUCAAAAGACAAUUGUUUGAUUUUUUUAAAACAAGGGAAGAUACCAAUGAAGGAGAUAACACAAUAGAUCAUGCUCAUCAUGAAUACUCAAAUUAUAAUCAUAAUAAUGAUGAAGUAACAGAUGAUGAAGAUAUCGCUGCCUUCUCCGGUGAUGGUUCUGGAGAUGUCGACCCAAGUGACCAUGUCAUUUACUUUAGAAUAACACUUAACGUAAACGAACCGUUCGAUUUUCAACUCGAGGACCACAACACUGAAGAAUUUAAAGCCAUGCAAAAAGAUUUAAGUGCCAGUAUUGAAGAUUUAUACAAAGAUUUACCCGGAUCUAGGCAUGUCAUGUUAAUUUCCGCUCAACAUGGUUUCGAUGAUUUCCAUACAAAAGUCACCCUGGAUUUAGAAAGUGCUGGUUAUUCUCAAUACAACGUUUUAGAAGAGCGUCUUUUAGCUAGAGUCAAACGAAAUCCCCGUUUAGGAAAUUUCGUUAUAUCUGAAAACGAAUUUUCAUUCACUAAAUUUGAUGCGCACGAAGAAACCACAAUUACAGACUACAGCAAUGAGGUUGAUCCUGAAGUCGAUCCAGAGGAUCCAUAUGAUGAUAAAAAUGAAUUCAUUACAACAACAACAACUUCGACAACAACAACUACAACAACCACCACAACGACAACGACCACCGAAGUUCCUACAACUACCACUUCUACUGAACCUUCAACUACACCCGCUAGAUGUCGAGCGGAUGAUGUUGUUAGAUGUGGAAACUCUUCGAUUUUCAUUUGUGGAGAUCAAGAGUGUGAUGGAAAGAAAGAUUGUCCUGAUGGAGAAGAUGAGUCAAAAUGCGAAGAAUCUCCGGAUUGUACUGAAGAUGAAUGGAGUUGCGAUACUCAUCGUUGUAUUCCAAGAACAUCUAGAUGCGAUGGAGUACAAGAUUGCACCGAUGGCACUGAUGAGAGAGAGUGUGUUACAGCACCACAAUGUCCUUCGGGUAAUUUUAUAUGCAACGAUGGUACGUGUCUCGACCAACUGUUCAGAUGUGAUAACUACAUUGAUUGUAACGACGGAGAAGAUGAAAAAGGAUGUUCAAAUUACGAUAGGCGGCGGAAAUUUGAGUGCGGGGAUGGCAAACGCAUACCGAUUGAGUGGAGGUGCAAUCAGAAAAACGAUUGCUCAGACUUUUCAGAUGAAAAAAAUUGUCCAUGUAAAGAAGACGAGUUUAUUUGCAAUAGCGGGUUCUGUAUCCCAAAACGAUUAAGAUGCGAUGGCACAUAUCAUUGUUCAGACCUAUCAGACGAAUUAGGAUGUGAUACUCCUUCGACAUCUCAACCUUCUACAUGUGAACACUACCAAUGGAGAUGUGCGGAUGGCACAUGCAUCGACCAAAUGCACAGAUGCGAUAGGAAACAUAAUUGCCCGGAUAAAUCCGACGAAAAAAAUUGCACAUGCAAAAAUGACGAAUUUCGUUGUAACUUUGGAACCUGCAUAAGUAUAAGUCAGAGAUGCGAUGGAGUCGGAGAUUGUCCAUUUUCUGAAGACGAGGAUUCUUGUGGUUGGAAAGUAAUACCAAACUCGACGUUUCCCAUGGAUUUACUAUGGGAAUGCGCGAACGGUGCAAAAACACUAAAAAUCCACAGAUGUGACGGUUACAAGGAUUGCGACGAUAACAGCGACGAAGAAAGUUGCGAAGAACCGGCAUACAAGCCAAAAGAAUACGAUAACGGAGUUGAAUGUAAAGAAUCUGAAAUAAGAUGCAACGAUAGAACGUGCGUUUUUGGCAAAAGAUGCGAUAGUUACGUAGAUUGUCCUGAUGGCGAAGAUGAAGAGAAUUGUACAGGAGUCUGUGCAAUGGAUCAAUUUAAAUGCACCAAUAGCGGAGAGUGUAUUGAUGAAGAUAAACGUUGCGAUUUGUACCCCGAUUGUUCCGAUAAAUCCGAUGAAGAAAAUUGCGUUCAAUGUCCCUACGACCACUUCAGAUGUGGAAAUGGAGUUUGCAUCAUAUACAAACGCUAUUGUGACGGAAUACCAGAUUGUCCUGAUCAUUCCGAUGAAAAGAACUGCAGUGUUAAAGUUUGCAAAGAUGAUGAGUUCAGAUGCAAAGACGGUCACUGUAUUCCGUAUCAUCUUGUAUGCGAUGGAAUUAAUCAAUGUAGCGAUCAUUCUGAUGAAGAUGGUUGCGAAAAACCGUUUGAAUGUCCAUACGGGGAAUUAAAAUGUAAAGAGAGCAAUACUUGUUUCCGAAAUGAACAACGUUGCGAUGGAUAUAAUAAUUGUGACGAUGGAACUGAUGAAGAAGGAUGUCCACCUAAAGGUACUCAUUGCCGUCCCGAACAAUUCCGAUGCGAUGACGGAACUUGUAUUCACAAACAGUUGCGAUGUGAUAGUUCGUGGGAUUGCCCGGAUCACAGUGAUGAAAAAUAUUGCGAGCCUUCAUGUCGUCCCGAUGAGUUUGCUUGCGAUGAUGGACAAUGUAUUCCACAUUACAUGAGAUGUGACAACAGACAGGAUUGCAGUGAUAACUCUGAUGAGAAGAGCUGCCCACAAGUUACUACACCUCCACCUCGAAUUCACUGUCCAUAUGGGGAGCUUUUCUGCAGAGACAGGCAAGGUUGUUACAGACAAGACCAACAAUGCGAUGGCCAUUAUGACUGUGUUGAUGAAACAGAUGAAAUUUCUUGUGGGAAUCCAGGAGUUCAUUUGAAAACCUAUCCAAGUUCUCAAGACAUCAAAGAAAGUACUUUUAAGCUGGGUAGAGAAGUCGUCUUUCAAUGCAGAGAUGAAGGACCUUUAAGAGCAAGAGUACACUGGAUAAGAGGAAACGGGCUGCCUCUUCCACCUCAUUCAAGAGAUAUAAAAGGAAGAUUGGAGAUACCAAAUAUUCAACUAAGUCAUAGCGGACCGUAUAUUUGUGAGCCUGCUCAAGAAGCUUUAAGAACGCCUGGUGCGAGAGCCGAAGUACAACUUAAAGUUGAACCUCUGAUAUCGACACCACCACCUCCGCAACCCAUAGCGUGUCAACUGCACGAGGCCACGUGUAGCAACGGAGACUGUAUUCCAAGGGAAUUAGUUUGCGAUGGAAAUUUCGAUUGCAAAGAUGGAACCGAUGAAACUCGAUGCAGUCAAUACUCUUGCGAACCGAACGAAUUCCGUUGUGCCAAUAAACAAUGUGUUUUAAAAACGUGGCUUUGCGAUGGCGAAAACGAUUGUCAUGACGGUUCUGAUGAAUCUAAUUGUGAACCAUCACUUCCUGGACAAGCUUGUACCAACAAACAAUUCGCUUGUAAUUCCGGAAAUCAAUGUAUACCAAGAAGUUUCCAUUGCGAUCACCAAAGAGAUUGUCAAGAUGGUUCUGAUGAAUUUGGAUGUUCCCGCGUUAUUAUUUUAAGACCACCACCACCUAGAGUGGAAUUACAUGUUGGAUCGAGAUUUGAAAUUAGUUGUACUGCAGUAGGAAUUCCAACUCCAGAAAUAGUUUGGCGUCUAAAUUGGGGACACAUCCCAGAAAAAUGUCGUACAAGAAGCGUGAAUGGUACUGGGACAUUAAUAUGCGAUGAUAUUCAAGAACACGACCAAGGAGCUUAUUCUUGCGAAGCUAUUAAUCAAUUUGGACCAGUUUUUGCUACUCCCGAUACAAUUUUAACGGUUAUUAGAGACGCUCAUGUUUGUCCAGUAGGGUUCUUUAAUGAUGAUGCUAGAAGAGAAGACGAUUGCAUUCCAUGCUUCUGUUUUGGAAUAACAACCAGUUGUAAAUCCGCCGAUCUAUUUAUUUAUCAAUUAAAUCCGCCAUUAAUUUCUUAUCAAACGCGUGGCGUUCAUGUUGAUAGAGUAACAGGGCAACUUCAAAUUGAUCGAGACGAUCCAAGACAUAGCGAAACUCGAUUACAAUUAACCCCAACUCGAUUGAACACUGGAGUUAAACUUUAUCACACUCCCGCACAAGGAGAAGAAAACAUCAUCCCUUAUUUCGUGAUGCCUGAAAAUUAUAAUAGAAACCAAUUAAAGAGUUAUGGUGGUUAUUUGAGAUACAACGUGAGUUAUAAUGGAUAUGGAAGACCAACUUCUAAAGCUCCCGAUGCGAUUGUUGUCGGAAAUGGGUACACUUUGAUUCAUCCCAGUAAAGAACAUCAAGAUCGAUCAGAACACCAUCGAAAUAUUAAUUAUGAAAUUAGAUAUUUCCCUGGUGAAUGGUUUAUUCGAAAUCAAUACGGACAAGAUAUUCCCGCAAAGCGCGAAGAAAUUAUGAUGGUUUUAGCUAACAUUGAUUUUAUUUUAAUUAAACUGCAAUAUGUCGAGGGUCAUAUUGAUACAACUUUGGAUAAUAUUGGUAUGGAUUCUGCGGGACCAACUGGACAAGAUGAUGCAGUGUUUGUUGAAGAAUGUAGAUGCCCAGUUGGAUACAGUGGGUUAUCUUGUGAGCUUUGUGCACCUGGAUAUACCCGUCAUGAAAGCGGCGCUUGGCUAGGAAAAUGUUACAAAAUAGAAACUUGCGCUCCUGGAGAAUAUGGAGAUCCAAAUCGAGGAAUACCAUGCCGCCCAUGUCCUUGUCCACAUACUAACCCACCAAAUCAAUUUGGAAGAACAUGUUCGUUACAAUCUGAUGGUGACGUCAUCUGCGAUUGUCCAGCCGGUUACAUAGGAAAACGUUGCGACCAAUGCGCUUCAGGUUACACUGGAAAUCCUUUAGUCCCAGGAGAUACAUGCCGACCAAGUCUUUGCAAUCCAGAUGGAACAGCAGUAAUUGAACCAGAUGGUAGAUGCAGAUGCAAGGAAUUUACAACUGGACCAUCUUGUAACCAAUGUCAGAAAAAUUCAUUCCAUCUCAGCAGUGAUAAUCAAUUUGGAUGCAUAGCGUGUUUCUGCAUGGGAGUAACUCAACAAUGCUCAAGUUCAAAUUGGUACAGAGACGUGAUUCAAACUGCCUUCACAAGCUCAAAGAAUGAUUUUAAAAUCGUCGAUUUCCGCCAUAAAGAACAGCCAUCAGACCAUGGAAUUGAACUUCGUUACGACAGCCGAGAAAUUGUUUACACAAACUUUACUUCAAGUCCAGAAGUGAAAUAUUGGUACUUGCCAACCAGAUAUCUUGGAAAUAAAGUUACUGCUUACGGAGGAAAAUUAAAAUAUUCGUUGCGAUAUAAUCCGCUUCCAGGUGGCCUAAGUUCAAGAAAUACUUAUCCGGAUGUUGAACUUAUCAGCAAGAACCAUAUUAAAUUGUCUUAUUACCACAAACAAUCAAUCCAACCUAAUACCAUCCAAACUGUAUCUGUGCCGUUAUUGGAACAAUACUGGCAAAGAAAUGAUGGCCAAAAAACGUAUAGAGAACAUCUAUUAAUGGCUUUAGCUGAAUUGGAAGCUAUUUUGAUCAAGGCAACGUACACAACGAAUACCAGAGAAGUUGCUUUGCAAUCUGUAUCUUUGGAUAUAGCAGAUAGUAGAAAUACGGGUCUUCAAAGAGCCUUCGAAGUUGAACAAUGUCAUUGCCCACCUGGCUACAAAGGACUUUCAUGCGAACAUUGCGCAUAUGGAUAUAAAAGAACGACGGACGGAUUAUAUCUUGGACUUUGUGAACCUUGUUCAUGUAAUGGUUAUUCUAACGAAUGUGACCCCGAAACCGGACAUUGUUUGAACUGCAGAAAUCAUACCACAGGACCAGAAUGUGAAAGUUGUGCAGCUAGCUACUCUGGAGAUCCCAUCAAUAGAAUUCCAUGUCGAUAUGAUGGAGAUGUUGGUUGUAAUUGUGAUGCAAGAGGAUCUAUUAGUAGCUAUUGUUAUGGAGGAAGUUGUCGAUGCAAAACAAAUGUUGAAGGACAAACCUGCAACAGAUGUAAAGAAGGUACAUUCGGUUUGAGCGCUGAUCUACCUGACGGGUGCCAAUCUUGUUUCUGCGCUGGUGUUUCAUCGGAAUGUAGUGAAAGUAAUUUGUACGUGGAACAAAUUCCAAGCCAAAUUUUAGAUCCAUCUAGUAAUAACGGAUUUGUUUUAACUGAUCGUAACAUGCGUAAAAUCAUAUCAGAAAAUUUCCAAGCUGAUCUAUCUUUGAAUGAAAUCGCUUAUAUUUUCCGUCCAAGUGAAUCUGACCGUCUUUUCUGGUCCUUACCCAACACCUUCACUGGAAACAAAAUAAAAUCGUACGGGGGAAAAUUAGAAUUUACACAACGAUUUAAUCAACGUCCAAAUGCAGUCUUUUUCCAAGAUAACGAUGUUAUCAUUAACGGAAAUGGUAUCACGAUUACUUGGUCAUCUCCAACACCGCAACAAGUCGACAUUGCAAAUAAAAUAUCAGUAACUUUAAGCCCUGCUGCUAAAUGGCAAAGAGUGGAUGAUCGUCAAGGACCUCGACCUGCUUCUAGAGAAGAUAUUCUUCGCGUCUUAGCCAACAUAAACGCGAUCCUUAUUAGAGCUCAACCAUCGACUGAUACCUCAACUACUUUUAUUAGUGAUAUCACUUUAGAUACGGCUGUUGAAACUGUUACUGGUCAAGAUAAAGCAAUUAAUGUUGAAGAAUGCAGAUGUCCAGUGGGUUACAAAGGAUCAUCUUGCGAAGAUUGUGAUAAAGGUUACUACAGGGAUAGUUCGGAUAGUUCAAUAGGUCCAUUAGGAUCUUGUUUGAAAUGCCCUUGCAAUAAUAACGAAGAAAGUUGCCAAUUAGGAACCGAUAGUAGGGUUCAUUGUACCUGUUUGCAUGGAUAUCAUGGACGUGAUUGUGCAAAUUCAGGUUGUAAUGCAUGCGUAUCUUACCCACCAUGUAGGUACUAUACAACACGUAAAUGUUCAUAUUGCUGGACCAAUUGUUGUAGGUGCAAGCGUGAAAUUUAUAAAUUGGAGAAAGAUUCUAUUGUAACAACACUUCCACCACCAUACGGAAACAACACUCCAAGUAUCAUCGUUACCAUCAAAGGACCGCAAAUUAAGAUCGUUAGCACAGGAGAUACCGUUACCUAUUAUUGUGAAGCUAAAGCACCUCAAGCUAUAAGAAUACCAACAAUCUCUUGGAGUAGAGCAAUUGGACCAUUACCCGAUCGUGCCAUAGACGACAAUCAAGGAACUCUCAUUAUUACUGAUGUUAGAGUUUCUGAUUCUGGAACUUACAUUUGUCAAGCUAGAGAUGGUUAUACAGUUGCGACUAAUUCCGUUAGUUUAACUGUAGGAGACGCCAUAUCGAAACAUUUAGUAAAUAAGACAGGAAAUAAACCAACAUAUCCAUCAAGUUCAAUUCAACCAGAAAACUUAGAAGUAGCUGAAAACGAUCCGUUCCAAUUAAUUUGUAUGGUUACUGGUGUUCCUCAUCCAAACAUCUACUGGACUCGUGUUAAUGAAGUACCUCUGAAUCCACAGCAUUCAGUAUCUGAUGGAAUCCUCUAUAUUGAAAGAGCACAUAUCGCAGAUAGUGGAGAAUAUAAAUGUACCGCUUCAAACGUUGUUGCUUCCCAUAAUUCCUACGCCACUGUUAAUGUACGACCAUCAUCCACCAACGAAUUAUUACCCGAAAUAUAUCCGUCUUCUCACACUGGACCAGAAAGACAACCAUUUACAUUAAGAUGCGAUAUCAGAGAACCUUACAAUACAAUAUUUUGGAGCAAACACCCAGGAAGAUUACCGCUCAGUGCAAGAGAACAAAGCGGAAAUCUCAUUGUUGAAGAUCCCACAAAAGAUGAUUCUGGAACUUACACUUGUACAAUUAAAACUUACACAGGAAGAACUACAAGUGCAACUGCUACAGUGAAUAUUCUUUCUCAACAUGGCGUUGCACCAAGAGCACAUGUUUCUCCAGUCAAUCAAACUGUUGGGCAAGGAACAACCGUCGAAAUUCAUUGUGACGCAUCCGGUUCGCCUACUCCUGAUGUAAAAUGGACGAGGGUUCAUGAGAAAUUAGGAUACAAUGCACACCAAAUUGGAAACACUUUGCGUAUUGAUAACGUCGAUAUUUCUGAUAGAGGAGUUUACGUUUGCGUUGCAAGUAACGAAUUCGGAUUUAGUAACAACUCUAGUUUCUUGGAAGUCUCUCGUAGAGCUAUACCAAUUAUUGAAAUCCAUCCAAAAGCUCUCCAAGAUAUUCCAGAAGGUGGUAGCGCUUACGUGCAGUGUCGUGUAAUCCAAGGAGAUCCCCAACCUAACAUCACAUGGUCAAGACCAUAUGGACAACCCCUUGGAAGAAAUGUCGAACAAUUACAUAGUGGUGUUUUAAGAUUCUCCAGUAUUAGCGAAUCAGAAAGUGGUGAAUACAUUUGUUCGGCCACUAACGAUGUUGGACAUGUCACAGCUAAAGCCACCAUUCAAGUGAGCACUUUACCAAGAAUUACCAUGUCACCACCUCUUCAAGGCGAACUUGCCGUUAAACAAGGUGAACCAGUCAGAAUUGAAUGUCGAGCUACAGGAAAUCCUAGACCCUACGUGAGUUGGAGAAAACAUGGAGAACGCGAAACAGUAUACUCAACUCGCCUUCAGCCUACUCCUGAUGCUGUAUUAGAUAUUUCACAUGUCUCAGAUGGUGAUGCUGGAAGUUAUAUUUGCACGGCUGAAAAUAGUGCUGGAGUAACAGAAGAAAGAAUUGAAUUAUCUGUUCACCCAUCAAGAGGCGAUAUAACGGGUAGUAGGAGUCGAUAUCCAGGUGAAGAUAGCGGCGGAGAACCUGGCGGCAGAGGCGUAAAAUCCAACGAAAUCUACCCAGACGAAAAUGUCUUCACCGCAUAUGUUAACACCAAAGUAGAAAUGACGUGUCGUCUCGAAAAUGUUCCUUAUCAAGUUAGAACAAAAUGGGUUCGUACCGAUGGUAGACCACUUCCAGAAGGGCAUUACACCACCGACACCAAAUUAAUAAUCAGGGAUGUUGAAGCAUCAGAUGCUGGAGAAUAUCAAUGCAUAACCACGGACAUAAACGGAAAUCAUAUUUUCAACCAAACAGCUCGUCUUCAAGUAUUCGCAGCUCCAAGAGUUGUAUUAGAACCUCCCACCCAAAUUGUGCGUCCACGCGAUAUGGUCAGAAUCUUCUGCAAAGUAACUGGUGAUCAACCCAUCACUAUAGAUUGGCAUCCAGUUGGUAGAAGCAUGCCUCUUAAUAUCUUUAUUAACGGUCCAUAUUUGGAAUUCCAUGGAAUUCAAGUAACUGAUGCUGGAAGAUAUAGAUGUUCUGCCAAAAAUAAUGCUGGCGAGGCCGAUGCUGUUGCUGAAGUGAUUAUAAACGAAGCAGAACAACAACCUCAACAAGGACAUGAUCAAACUGCUAAUGAAGGAGAUUCGGUUGUUUUGCGUUGUGUGGUUACAUCAAGUUCUUAUAAAAAUAUUGAGUGGUAUAGAGAACACGAACAAUUACCGAGCCAUUCGGAGCAACGUGGAAAUGAUUUGGAAAUUAGAAACUUAUCACCAAGAGACGCAGGAAAAUAUUACUGCGUAGUUUAUUACAACGACGGAUCAUCAUCAAGCGAUUAUACCAAUUUAAAUAUAUCACCUUCCGAUCGACGACCAGCAAAUCCUGAAUUAAUCAUCCAAUCCACAAUUGAAAAUCCAAAAGAAGGCGACUCAAUGGACGUUUAUUGCAGAACACACGAAUCUGGAGUUUCUACCAGUUGGUCUAAAGUUAACAGUCAAUUAGAUGAUAAUACACAAACGAGUGGAUCAACUCUUCGGUUUACCAAUUUAAAUCCAGCUAAUAGCGGUAUUUAUCGAUGCGAAGCCAGAGGAUAUUCCGGCCCUUAUAGUAAAGAUUAUGUGUUGGAUAUUCAAGAUUCUUAUAAAGAAGGAAAAUCACCUAUGGAUAUUAAAUCAGCACCACGAGGUUCUACUGUUUAUAUGGAUUGCAAAAUUGAUUUCCAUGGUCCUAUAACUUAUCAUUGGACAAGACAAGAUGGAGAAUUACCCGAAUAUGUUGAUAAAUACAGCAAAACGAUCGUUAUAAAAGACUUGAUAAGUAAUGACGCUGGAACCUAUAUUUGCACCGCCACAGAUGGAAGAAUCACAAAAGUUAUUCCACAAGUUCUUGUUGUAACAGGAAUAGUUCCUUAUUUUACUCAAGCUCCAAACAGCUACAUUAGUUUACCAACUCUUCCAGAUCAUUACACCAGCUUUAAAUAUGAAAUUUCUUUCAAACCAGAAACUGAUUAUGGUUUGAUUUUAUUCAACGGUAGAAAAGGAGCCGAUUAUACCUCUUUAAGCAUUGAUGGUGGUCAUCUUAAAUUUAGACUUAAUCUGGGCAAAGGAAUCAAUAUCGUUAUCGAAUCACCAGAACCUAUCGAAACGCGCCAAUGGCACACAGUUGUUAUAAAUCGUAAUAGAAAAACAGCGGUUAUGUAUGUCGACGGUAAAGGUCCAUACAGCGAAACGGCACAAGCUAGUUAUUCCGGUUUAACAUUAAAAGAUCCUCUUCAUCUCGGCGGUGUUCCUAAUUACAACAUGCUUCCCGACGAUAUUCAAGUUCGAAACGGAUUUGUCGGCUGUAUUAGCCAAUUUAAGGUCGGAACCGUUUAUUACGAUGUUUUAAGAGAAGCUCAUAACAAGGUUGGUGUUACUAAUUGCGAAACGUGCCAAGAAAAUCCUUGCGUCAACCAAGGAGUUUGUCAGGAAAGUCUUUCAAAGAAGGGAUUCACUUGCAUUUGUCCUGAAAGAUUCAGCGGUUCAACUUGUCAAAAAAUGGCUGACCAAUCUUGUAAUCCAUAUAUCUGUGGUAUUGGAAAAUGUGUAGAUAACGAAUACAGUUAUGAAUGUCAUUGCCCAGUUGGUAGAUCUGGAAAACGUUGCGAACGGGAAAUAUUCGUUCAAGAACCAGCUUUCUCUCGAGACGCUUAUUUAGCUUAUCCCCCUCCGAAAUUACACGCCAGACAAUACCGGAUAAACUUGAAAAUAAAACCAAGGGAUUUAGGUGAUGGUGUAUUAGUUUACAGCGCGGAACGAAACGAAGGUUACGGCGAUUUUCUUAGUGUCGCAUUAAAAGAUGCACAAGUCGAAUUUAAAUUUAGAAACGGCGAAAACGGUGUCGUCGUUUUAAGAUCAAACCAAAAAAUCAAUCCGGGCGAUUUCGUCGAUAUAAUAGCCAUAAAAUCAUUAAGAGAUGCCAGAUUGCACGUAAACGGAGCUACCGAAACGAAACGUUUCACCGCGACACCCAGCAAAGCUUUAAAUCUUAACACACCUUUAUAUUUGGGUGGAGUAAACAAAGCCGAAAUUACAAUUAAUAACCAAGUUGAAGUUAACGAUGGAUUUAACGGAUGCAUAUCUGAGUUCUCUAUUUCGGGAAUUGAGAUCGAUAUUAUUAAAUCAUCCACUGAAGCUGCUAACGUUUUGGAUUGUUCUGUAGAGAAAACUGCCGAAUCCGAUAAAACUGAAUAUAGUCAUGAAGGUAGCAUAGGAUGUGAUAGUAAUCCUUGUAGAAAUGAUGGAGUUUGUUAUCCUGAAACAGCCACAACGUUUAAAUGCGCUUGUGUAAAUGGAUAUAGUGGUAUAACUUGUGAACAAGCACCAAAUCAAUGUGAUCAAUUAAGACCAUGCCAAAACGGUGGAACAUGCAGAGGAUCAACGGAAGAUUACGAAUGUACUUGCCCAAUUGGAUUCUAUGGAAUAAAUUGCGAACAACACCAAGAAAUAAGAUCGGAAGCCCAAUUCGAUGGAAAUGGCUAUUUAGAGUUUGACAGAUCGUUUCUUCCACACGAUAAAGAUGACGAAGACGAAUUAAUAGCUGUUCAAUUUAUGACCAAUUACAGUAAUGGGGUUAUCUUUUGGCAUGGGCAAACACCUAACGAAGAUGGACAUGGAAAAGAUUUCAUUGGAUUAGCAAUUGUUGAUGGUUAUUUGGAAUACUCUUAUGAUUUGGGAAGUGGACCUGUUACUAUCGCAAAUAAACAGAUUCGGGUGGAUGAUGAAAGAUUGCACACUGUGUUCUUGAAAAGACAUGGAGUUUCUGGAUCUAUCGAAAUUGAUCAUGCAUAUAUGGAAAGAGGAACUGCACCUGGCAUGGAUACGGAAAUGAGUUGCUUAGGAAAUAUUUAUUUAGGUGGCACUCCAAACGUUCCAUACAUGACUGGAAAAUACAAUCAAGGUUUUAACGGAUGUAUUCUUCAAUUUGAAAUUCAAAAUUCUAAAGGAAUCGAUUUGGGAAAACAUGCCAUAAGUGGAAUUAACGUCAAACCAUGUCCAAGUCAAAAAGAAAACGACGACGACCUGGUUAAUUAAGAAUCUUGUUACGGAUAAAAAUCACUUCAAGAAAUAGUCAAUGUACCCGUGUUCUUGACAUUGUGUUCAUCUAUUUACUGUAUUUUCUUUUUAAUUAAUUAUCAAACUAACGUUAUACUGCUUGUAUUUGUGUUCAAUGUUACAUUUUACGCUCAAACGAUGCUUGAUUUUAUGAAAACAAAAACACACAAUGUUCGGAUUAUUAAUGACCUGUUAAUAAUCAAUUAAAACUGCCAUCUUUUUACUUUUUUUACACCUACAUUUUUUUUAUUAUAACUAUUUUUUUUAAUCGACCAAAAUCGGUAUUGUACAGUUAAUAAGGAAAGAAAAUAUUACGAUAUUAUGAAGGAAACAGAAACAUACUUUGUGCCAUCUUAGUUUAUGUUCGCGAUUUGUCAACAAUAUAUCAACUAUUUCGUUUUUAUUUUUGUUUAUAUAUAUUUUUACGUACUUUAUAAUAAUAUAGCUAUAUGUAUAAUUGAUAUAUUCUAAUGGUGCUAGUAACAAGAAAUUUAAACCCAAAAAAAAAGUUCUAUUUGCUUUUAUAAUAUUUAUCGUUUGUAGCCAAACCCAGAAAAGUAACGAUGUAAUAUUGUGAAGUAAAGAAAAAAAACGAUUAUUGUAACCUUUUACUAUUAAUACCUAUUACACUAUGUUAUACACGAACAAUGUGAUUUCAUGCGAUGAAACUAAAACGUAUCAGAAAAAGGUGAUUAAACGUUGUAAUAAAGAAGAAAAACAAAUAUAAUUCGUAAUAAGGCUAUGAAAUAUAAUCAUUUUAUAUGUAUACAAAUGAAAUGCUUGUAAUAUAUAAUUAUAUAAUUAAUAUAUGAUAGUCUUGACGAGUCGAUUCUGUCCAAUGAUCCGUGACGUAAUUAAUCGAAACGAACGAAAAAUUUUAAUUAAACGAAAAGUUAAUUAAUUGAAAAGUAAGGAAGCUUUUUUGCGGCAUAUAUACAUAUUAUAUAUUUCUUAUUCUCUCACUUUAAGACGGUCUUCAGUCAAAAAAAAAACAUGUCGACAGAUUGCUCUAUUAUGGAAGGAGAACGUAAUUAUGUGCAUUUUCAAUAACUCAAGACAAUAAUUAUUCUAUAAAUAAAUGUAUGUGAGUAUCUUUA